AUGCGGGUGAUGCCAAGCUCCGAGAAACCGUCUCUAAGAAGAAGAGACGAGUUCGGAGGCAAAGGCCGGCCAGUCGGUAGGGUUUGCAAUCAUGUCCACCAGGUCGGAGCAAUCCGUCUCCAUUUGAACCACGGUGCAAUAAGCCAAAUCAAUAACAUCGCUGCCUUCCUAUGGACUGGUCCAGUGCUCAAGUCGUCUAAUGCUAAGGUAGCUUGGAAGGAGGUAAGCUGUCUGAAGUGUGAAGGAGGCUUAGGGAUACGAGACUUGAGAGAAGUGAAUAAGGUCUAUGGUCUUAAGUUGAUAUGGAGAAUGCUUUCGGGGGACUCUUUAUGGGGCAAGUGGAUCCAUGCUAAUCUACUGAAAGGGAAGAAUUUUUGGGUUGUGAAGUCUAAUACGCAAGUGGGGUCGUGGAUGUGGCGGAAAAUGUUGAAACUAAGAGAAGUGGCUAAACUGUUCUAUAAGAAGGAGCUCGGAAAUGGAAGACACACCUCCUUUUGGUAUGAUCACUGGUCUGAGAAAGGGGUUCUUCAUGACUUGUUAGGAGAUAGAGGAGUUAUUGAUCUGGGUGUAGGGAAAGACGAGUCUGUGGAGGAUGCUCUGAUGAGUAGUAGGAGAAGAAGAAGACUUCGCGUUAGUAUCCUCAAUGAUCUUGAGGAAGAGAUGAGAAUCACCAGGAGCAGGCUUGAUCCAGAAGUAAAAGAUGUAAGUUUUUGGAAAGGGAAAUCGGCUUACAAGCAGAAGUUUUCUACUCAAGAAACUUGGAAGCAGGUGAGAGUUGGAAGUCCUCUCUGUUUUUUGGCCAGAGGAGUGUGGUUCUCCCAUGCCACUCCUAAAUUUGCGUUCAUGGCGUGGUUGGCUUCAAGGAACAGACUAUCUACAAUGGAUAAAGUGGUAAAAUGGAGUCAUGGUAUUGAUACCUCUUGUGUUCUCUGUAAAGCUGCGCAUGAAUCGAGAGAUCAUCUCUCAUUUGAGUGUCAGUAUACGGCUCAAGUUUGGGAGUUCAUUGUGAAAGGGAUCUUGGGUAGUUCGUAUACGAAUCAGUGGUCAGAGAUUAUGGAUAUCAUAACAGAUUCGUCAAGGGAAAGGAAGAGUUUUUUCUGUCUAAGAUAUUCUUUUCAAGCAGUACUUUAUGGUGUGUGGAGAGAGAGAAAUAAUGUCAGGCACGGAGAUAGAAUGUUGCAUGUUGCUGUUCUUCAAAGAUUGCUUGACAAGAGUAUUAGGAACAAGAUUAGUGUUCUGCGGAAAAAGGGGAUUAAAGGAAUGGAGGUGAUGAUGCAAUAUUGGUUUCUUACUAGGAUGUAA